AUGCUUGUGCUGGUCGAGCAGUUUUCCAAGUGGCUGGGAGAGUACACCAUGAAGAAUAAGGCAGCAAAACAGUGGCGCAUUAUACAGAGAAUUCUGGAAAAGAAAAUUGAGUUUCCGGACUACUGGGAUGUACUAUUAACUAUUGUGGUUUAUGCAUAUAACGCGACACCACACACGGCCACAGGAGAGAGUCCUUUCUUCUUGCUCCAUGCGUUUUACUCGACUUUGCCAUUAAUCUCGGUCUCUGAGAGUCGUCUAAAAUUGGAGCGUAUAGAUGUGGAUGAUUACAAGUCUGAACUGAUUCGUGGUAUUAGGCUCAUACAAAACGAAGUAAAGCAGCACAACGAAAGGUAUCUUCAGAAGAUGAAGCAAUACUAUGACGAAAGGAAGGGGGUAAACAACCACCACAAGUCCAAAGUAUGCGACAGAGUAUUCAUGAGAAUGCCCAGGGAAAAAUACGUGAUCGAACUCCCUGAGCUGGCAGUUGACUGGAGUGGACCUUUCAGGGUUCUUGAGGUCACUGAUAACUCGGCGCUUAUAAAAACUCUGGCCGCCAAUGAGGACCUUAGUCGCGUCCAGUUUGACCUCUUAAUCAAGUGCCCGAGGGAGAUAGAUGAUGAGUCAGUUUGUGUGGUGACUAGGAGGAAGAGGGGAAGAAACCCAGAGACAAAGGGGGCUGUUGAUGAGUUCGACGUCAACGACACCAUGCACUUUCUUCAUGUGAUGUUUAAAUGA